GCUUGUAUGAUGUACUGUUGGUUGAUUAACUUAGAAUAGUUAAUAAUCGCUCGUAAAAAUGGCUAUAGUGGAUCCUUCAUUGACUGAAACAACGUUGAUGGAUGAAGUUUUGAAGUAUGGCUUGUUCCUUGGAGCUAUUUUCCAGAUGAUGUGUAUAGCAGCUGUAGUGUUCGUUCCCAGCAAGAAUGAAAAACGAGAGGGAGAUUCAAGUGAUGAUGAUGGCUCUGAACAUGGCUCACCACACACACCACAUCGAUCUCACCCAUCACAUCAGUCUCACCACAGGCGCAAACAUGACAAGAAGAAAAGACGUUAAAUUCUUUUAAUGUCCCUCGCCGUGUUGUCCAUAGAUCUGUGGCUAAUUUCUGAGCUUAGAUUGCUGUAAGAAAUAGCAGGAAAGAGGGUCUCAAUAUGAGUUCCUGUGGUUGUGCAGUGUUUUAAUUAUUUUGA